UUGGUAAAAUACGCUCUAUACACAAGGCGCACGACCCAGAGCCUAGUUGUCCAUCUUCUGACCAGAUCAUUUGUCUUAAACAUAAACAGGACUUGUUCAAGUGUCAGAUAUUUCGAGAAGAAGAAGAAGAGAUGGAGAGGGAGCCGACAAGAGUGAUGGUGGCUGUGAAUGAAUCGACGAUCAAAGGGAAGCCCCACCCUUCGAUAAGCAGCAAAAGAGCUUUCGAAUGGACUCUGGAGAAGAUGAUCCGAUCCAACACAUCCGAUUUCAAGAUUCUCUUGCUCCAUGUACAUGUUGUCGACGAAGACGGUUUUGAUGAGGUAGACAGCAUAUAUGCCUCUCCCGAUGAUUUCAAAGAGUCUAACAAGUCUAAAGGUCUUCACCUUCUCGAGUUUUUCGUUAAAAAAUGUCAUGAGAUUGGGGUUAGUUGCGAGGCAUGGAUCAAGAAAGGUGAUCCCAAGGAUGUGAUCUGCCAAGAAGUCAGCCGGGUCCGACCAGAUCUUCUUGUUUUGGGAAGCCGUGGUCUUGGCCGCUUCCAAAAGGUCUUUGUUGGGACCGUGAGUGGGUUCUGUGUGAAACAUGCUGAGUGUCCAGUCCUCACGAUCAAACGCAACGCCGAUGAAACUCCCAGUGAUCUUGCUGAUGACUAAACCAACUACAUUCUAAACAUUCCUUCCUUCCAAAAUGAUAAAUAAACUCUUCAUUGAUCCUAUCCCAUUGUGUGCUUUUGUGUGUCCAAGUUUAUGAUUAAUAAUAUUAGUAUGUGUGUGAAGUCUGCUAUGUUUCUGUUGUCAGUGAUACUGAUAAUGCAACUAAACUUUCAAUUUCUUUUAAUCAUUUCUAAAUUGAAUAAAAAGGUGUUAUAUAUA